AUGAAUUUUACUACAACACAUCAAAAAAUUGUUUCUGAAAAUAAUUAUACUAAUCAACGAUCAGUGAUUGUCAAAAAUCGCAAUAAUUCUAGAAAUUAUACAAAUCAAUAUUUUCUGCCGAAAGGAGAAAAUUUAAAAAAUAACACUCCUGAUCAGAAUACUAAAUCUUCUACUCAUUUUUUAAAAAAUGGUGAAAAAUCUAGUGAAAUUAUAUCUACAAAGAAAGAAAAUAAUAAUGUUACUAAAAACUACACAACUCAAUCGUCACCUAUGCCAAUUUCUCAGACACGUGCAAAUAAAACCCAAAUUAUUACUAAAUUUAAUAUCAAUGAUUCGAAAAAAAUUUCGAAUAGUGGAAACAACACAAAUAAUUUUUUGAAUCCGGAAUUUUCAAAUGGCCUUAGUAAUUUGACAACUCAAAGUUUGAAUGCUUCUAAAAAGAAAAAUGAACAUGAAAAAUCAUCCAAAUUAUCUUCAAAUACAACAGUUUUUUACACAUAUAAUAAUAUUUAG